AUGGAAGCUGAGGUCUCCUCUCGGUCUGUGGUGGGGUCAGAUGCACAAGGUAAGGAGGUGGUUGUAGGGUUGGGGUUGGGUAAGGAGGUGGUUGUAGGAGGGGAGGGUAAGGAGGUGGUUGUAGGGUUGGGGGUUAGGUUGCAUCUCGGGCAGUUGUUGGAUUACAGUCGCGAGCAGAGUGUUCGACCGGUUGGAGAGUGUCCUCGAUCUGGGAGUCCUGGGGCACAAGCUCCAUCAGCAGGCUCCAGCAGCAGGCUCCGAUCAGCAAGCUCCAUCAGCAGGCUCCGAUCAGCAAGCUCCAUCAGCAGGCUCCGAUCAGCAAGCUCCAUCAGCAGGCUCCGAUCAGCAAGCUCCAUCAAGGCUCCGAUCAGCAAGCUCCAUCAGCAGGCUCCGAUCAGCAAGCUCCAUCAGCAGGCUCCGAUCAGCAAGCUCCAGCAGCAGGCUCCAGCAGCAGGCUCCAGCGGCAGGCUCCAGCAGCAGGCUCCAGCAGCAGGCUCCAGCAGCAAGCUCCAUCAGCAGGCUCCAGCAGCAGGCUCCAGCAGCUGCAGAGACAUGGCGGACGCUGCCUCUGCCACCAACAUCAAGGUGGUGUGUCGCUUCAGGCCGCUCAACAGCGCAGAGAAGGCCCGCGGAGACAAGUACAUCCCCAAGUUCAAGGGAGACGACUGUGUCUUGAUGGGGGGUAAACCGUUCUACUUCGACCGGGUCUUCCAGUCCAACACCACACAAGAGCAGUUUUACAACAACGUGGCUCAGCAGAUUGUCAAAGAUGUACUGGAGGGAUACAAUGGGACCAUAUUCGCCUACGGACAGACCUCCUCUGGGAAAACACACUCCAUGGAGGGGAAGCUCCAUGACCCUGACAUGAUGGGCAUUAUUCCCAGGAUCGUGCAGGACAUCUUCAACCACAUCUACUCCAUGGACGAGAAUCUGGAGUUCCACAUCAAAGUUUCCUACUUUGAAAUCUAUCUGGACAAAAUCAAGGACCUGCUGGACAUCACAAAGACAAACCUGUCGGUCCACGAGGACAAGAACAGAGUGCCGUAUGUGAAGGGCAGUACCGAGCGCUUCGUGUGCACUCCGGACGAGGUCAUGGAAGCCAUAGAUGAAGGGAAGAGUAACCGCCACGUGGCUUUCACAAACAUGAACGCCGACAGCUCCCGGAGCCACAGCAUCUUCAUCAUCAGCAUCAAACAGGAGAACAGUAAGACGGAGCAGACCAAGACCGGGAAGCUCUACCUGGUGGACCUGGCAGGGAGUGAGAAGGUGGGGAAGACCGGAGCUGAAGGAACCGUUCUGGAUGAGGCCAAAAUGAUCAACAAGUCUCUGUCUGCUCUGGGGAACGUGAUCUCUGCUCUGGCUGAAGGGACGGCCUACGUCCCGUACAGAGACAGUAAGAUGACCCGGAUCCUGCAGGACUCUCUGGGAGGGAACUGUCGCACCACCAUGAUCAUCUGCUGCUCCCCUUCAGAAUUCAAUGAUGUGGAGACCCGCUCCACGCUGCUCUUUGGACAGAGAGCAAAGACCAUCAAGAAUAAUGUGAGCCUGAACGUGGAGUUGACGGCCGAGCAGUGGAAGAAGAAGUGGGAAAAAGAGAGGGACAAGAACAAGACCUUGAGGAACACCGUGACCUGGCUGGAGGCCGAGCUGGCCCGCUGGAGGAAGGGUGAGAGCGUGCCAGUGGAGGAGCAGUUUGACAAAGACAAAGCCAACGGAGAGGUGCAAGCGCAGGAUGCGACCCCCAACAAUGACAAAGCAGCCCCCAGUGCAACCCCCAGCUCGGCCCCCGGAGCACCUGGAGCUCCGGGGCCCAAGCUCACCGACGCAGAGAGGGACAAGUACGAAAAGGAGAAGGCCGAGCUCUACAAGGAAAUGGACGACAAGGAUGAGGAGAUCAACCAGCAGUCACAGCUGGUGGAGAAGCUGAAGGAGCAGCUGUUGGACCAGGAGGAGCUGCUGACGUCGUCGCGCCGGGACCACGACACCCUGCAGACGGAGCUGAACAGGCUGCUGUCGGAGAACGAGGCGUCCAAGGAGGAGGUGAAGGAGGUCCUCCAGGCUCUGGAGGAGCUGGCGGUCAACUACGACCACAAGAGCCAAGAGGUGGAGAUCAAGACCCGCGAGUUUGAGGCACUCAGCGAGGAGCUCAACCAGAAAUCUAGCUCUCUGACCUCCAUCGACUUGGAGCUGCAGAAGCUGAAGGAGAUGACCAACCACCAGAAGAAGAGGGUCACAGAGAUGAUGUCGUCUCUGCUCAAGGACCUGGCGGAGAUCGGCCUCGCAGUGGGCAGCAACGACAUCAAGACACCGCCGGCUCCAAGGAAGGUCCAGGGAUGGGGGGUUCGGGGUCAGACUGUAGGGCGACAGGGAUAG